GGAGAGAGAGAGGGGUAGAGGGUGUAACUAACACAGAGGGAGAGAUAGAGAGAGGGAGGGAGGGUGUAACUAACACAGAGGGAGAGAUAGAGAGAGGGAGGGAGGGUGUAACUAACACAGAGGGAGAGAUAGAGAGAGGGAAGGUGUAACUAACACAGAGGGAGAGAUAGAGGGUGUAACUAACGUGGGGAGAGCAGCAGCUUAAUUUCUCCGGGGGUGAAAAACAAAACCAAGCGUGGAAACGGUUCAUUCAUUUAAUGUUCGCUCUGAGCACAAUAGUUCGCCUUGUGUGUGUGUAUGUUUUAAGCUCUUUAUUGCAACAACAGCCCCCUGCUAGCACUGGGGCAGCUUAGAGAGAGAGAGGCACACACACACACACACAGAUACACAGUCGUUCCUUUAACCUUGCAUUCGCCUGUAAGACCAUCGGAACGAGAAUUCCCUCUCUCUCCCCACACAUACACACAUCCUCUCUCCCCUUCUGACUUCCUCAAAGAGAGAGGGAGCGAGAGAGAGCAUUCGGAUGUGGAGCCGAGACGUGGGAGCGCUGAACUGAACCCACGGGGUACGGGGAACACACGGUGCAGAGUGGUCUGAUGGGUUGUUGAGGUCACCGCCCUCACAGGGAUCGAGGGAGCAUGAUCAAACACCAGCCACUUCAGUACUACGAGCCACAGCUCUGCCUGUCCUUUCUCACCGGGAUCUACGGGUGCCGUUGGAAGCGAUACCAGCGUUCCCAUGACAGCACCACCAAGUGGGAGCAGCUGUGGUUCCUCAUCCUCUCCGUCACGUUCUUCCUCUCGGUGACGUGGUUCUACUUCUGGUGGGAGGUCCACAAUGAUUACAAUGAGUUCAACUGGUACAUGUACAAGAGGAAAGGAUACUGGAGCGACUGGUCGGUUCCAGUUUUGGCGCUGGCUGGAGCAGGGUUUACGUACGUCACGUUUUUACAGAUUUUAGCACUAUGUCACAUAACUGUGGGACAACAGAUGAACCUGUACUGGAUGCACAAGGUUGCACUGAUGAUGGUCUUGAUCACCCUGCUCAUUGCCAUGGCUUCUGUCAACCAGAUGUGGAAGGAGGAAUGGGACAUCAUCCUCAUCUCGUUUCAAGCCACCGCGCCGUUUUUGCACAUUGGCGCCGUUGCUGUGGUUACACUGCUGGCAUGGCUGGUCGCCGGGCAGUUUGCCCGGUCUGAGAGAAUCGUUUUCCAGGCACUGUUCCUCAUCCUGUACAUGGGGGUGCUACUGGCUCUCUACCUCCUCCCGCUGGUCAUCUACUCUCCCUGCAUCAUGAACAGGGAGGAUCUCGGCCCAAGACCGAACAUCAUCGGGAACCGAGGAGCCCCCAUGCUCGCCCCAGAGAACACGCUGAUGUCCUUCCAGAGGGCGGUGGAGGAGCGCGCCGACGGCUUCUUUGUCAACGUGACCAUCAGUUACGACGGGGUUGCGUUUGUCAUGCACGACACCACGCUGCGGAGGACCACCAACGUGGAGGAGGUCUUCCGCGACCGAGCCUUGGACAACGCCGCCAACUUCAACUGGACAGACCUGAAGGAGCUCAACGCUGGCCGCUGGUUCUAUCAGGAAGAUCCGUUCUGGACGGUGAGGGAGUUGUCGGGGAAGGAGAUGGAGGAGGCCCUGAACCAGUCGCUGUGCCGGCUGGCGGACGUGCUGCAGCUGGCGGUGCGGCGGAACCUGUCGGUCAUGGUGGACCUGUGUCGCCCGCCUGCCGGGCACCCCUACCGCUCCACCUGGCUCAACGUCACCCUGGAUGCCAUCUUCCACUCGGGCAUCCCCCACCAGCUGGUGAAGUGGCUGCCGGGAGCGGAGAGGUGGCUGGUUCGACACAUCGCCCCGAGUUUCCAGCAGGUUUCCUCGCUCAAGCUCAACGCCACGGAACUGCGCAGCCAAGGGUUUGCCGGGCUCAACCUACGCUAUAACAGGAUUAACGCCGAUCAGAUGCGGGACUACGCAUCGAGGAACAUCAGCACCAAUGUGUACCUGGUGAACGAGCCCUGGCUGCUGUCUGUGCUGUGGUGUGCGGGCGUCCAGUCUGUCACCUCCGAUGCCUGUCAGCUCCUUAGCAAAGUACAGUCUCCCAACUGGAUGAUGCAACCGGAUGAGUAUCUAACGCUCUGGGUUGCGUCAGACAUCAUAUCCGUCACCAUCGUGGUGGGUAUCUUCAUCCUGCAAAAUUAUCACUUGAUCAGGUAUCGCCUGGGCAGCAUGCGGUCCUACAACCCGGAGCAGAUCAUGCUGAGUGCGGCAGUCCGCAGGUCCAGCAGGGAUGUCAACAUCAUGAAGGAGAAGCUGAUCUUCUCAGAGAUCAACAAUGGUCUGGCCGGUUCGGACGACGGCUCGCUCUGCUCCGAGAGCGCGGUUUUGACAGCUACAUGAACGAUGGUGUCGGGGGCUUGGGCUCCCGAGGACGGAAGAAUUGAAU